GAUGAGUAGCAGGGAAGUCGUGGUUGGAGAAAUGGACUCAGAUAAUAAGACCGUAGCUGCCCUUGGUCGACCUUUCACCCUGGGAAUGCUCUAUGAUGCUCGGAGAGAUAAACUGAUCCCAGGUUUGACAUUGUGGGAUGAUAUAACUCCACAAGGCAAGAUAACUGAAAGCUCUCAGCGCUAUAGUGCAUUUGACAUGACUGCAUCUGACUCCACUGAAUCCAAGUGCACUCUGCUGGAUGUUGAUGCUUCUCUGAAGGCCAGUUUCCUGAGUGGACUGAUUGAAGUUGGAGGAUCUGCCAAGUAUCUGAAUGAUAAGAAGAAAUUCCACAAUCAGAGCAGAGUGAUGUGUCAGUACAAAGCUACCACCAACUUCACGCAGUUAAUGAUUGAACAACUAACCAUGCAAACCCAACAGAUGGAUGUCAUUCAGAAGAGCUCAGCAACACAUGUAGUCACAGGCAUCCUUUAUGGGGCAAAUGCUUUCUUUGUGUUUGACAGUGAGAAGUUAGAGGCCAGCAGUGUUCAGGACAUCCAGGGCAGCAUGCACGCUGUGAUAAAGAAGAUUCCUACAUUUAUAGUUGAGGGGGAAGUUGAGAUUAAGCUGACUGAUGAAGAAAAAGCCCUGACACAGAAACUCUCCUGCAAAUUCUACGGAGACUUCAUUCUUGAUAGCAACCCUGCAACAUUUGAAGAUGCAGUGAAGGCCUACGUACAACUCCCAAAGCUACUGGGAGAAAAAGGAGAGAAUGCUGUUCCAGUGAAGGUCUGGCUGAUGCCACUGAAGAAUUUCAAAUCUGAAGCUGCUGAGUGGACAAGAGAGAUCAGCAAUGGACUAGUUAGGAAGGCGCAGUAUAGUCUAGAUAAAUUAAGGGAAAUAGUAAUGAGAUGCAACGAUUCUCUGGAAGACAAAGUGGUGGAGCAGUUUCCUAUGAUUCAAGAAGAGUUGAGCACUUUCCAAAAAUUGUGUGGUUAUUAUGCAUCCAACCUCGAGCAAACUUUGGCAAUGAAACUUCCCUCCAUCCGUGAAGGAAAAGAAGAUGAGAGCUCACUGAACAAACUCUUUGAAGACAGAGACAAGUCACCAUUCAGUCAGGAAAAACUAACCCAGUGUCUGGAUCGUAAAGAGAGAGAAAUCAACAUCAUCAGAUCCUGUGUAGAUACCAUGGAGGGAAUAAAGAUCGUCCCAAAUCAGUCAGAGCUGGACAGACAGGUUCUUGCUGCAGGUGUAGAAGAUGCUCUGUGCUUUGUUUUCACUUCAGUGGGAAGGGGUGAUACCGACCUUGAUGUGAUGGCCGAUUACUUGGACUUCCCUAAAUUAGGAAGUACCAAUGCAGAUCCAUGGUACUACUCAGAUGAAGUUGUCACCAAAAUGAGAGAAAAAGCCGAAGCUUUCCAUCAAUUUGCCAACCCACUGAGGAACAACAGUCGAUUCUGUUUCCUCAUAGCAGCCAUUGCAAACAAGAAACACACAGGAGCAACCAUCUACCAUUACAAGAACGGCAAUCUGGUCAGUGAAGAUUUUUCAAAGCCUGUCCUCCCUCCUGUGGAGAACAUCACAGACAGAAGAGAUCUGAUCUGGUAUGCCUGUGAUCUCAACCUGGACCCAAACACUGUGAACAACAACCUCACUCUGUCUGAGGGAAACAAGAAGGCAACACAUGGAGCAGAGCAGUCAUAUCCUGAUCUCCCAGAGAGGUUUGAUAAACAUACUCAGGUGUUGUGCAAAGAGAGCUUAGCUUGGCGACAUUACUGGGAGGUGGAGUGGAAUCAUUGUUCUGACGAAUCUAUUCAUGUUGCCGUUGCAUACAGUGAAAUUGAUAGAAAAUCAGACCGUCCAGGUCGUGAAUUUGGAGGAAAUACCAUAUCAUGGGUUUUUGGCAAAUAUGGUAAUUCUACAAGUGGGGAACACAUAUUUAAGGCAUGGCAUAAUAGUAAGGGCAUGUGGAGCAGUCCUUAUCCCUCUGAUGGGUGUAACAGAGUUGGGGUGUAUCUGGACUGGCCUGCUGGCACUCUGUCCUUCUACAGAGUCUCCUCUAACACACUGAGGCACUUCUACACCUUUCACACCACAUUCACUGAGCCUGUUUACCCAGGAUUUUUGGUUCGUAACGCAUCCAACUAUAUUCACCUGCAUCCAGUUAAAUAAGAGCAAUGACUUGUUAGAUUCUUGGUCUGUAAAUAGCGAUAUGAGUUUAGAUUUUAGAUUAUAUCUUGAACAUGCUUCACAAGUUUAAACAAUGCAUUCAAACCCAGAGGGACCAGGAACAUUGAUGAUGUAAUCAAUAGGUGGCUGUAUGUGGGAUUUUCUGUCAAUAUCUUCAUGUUGAUUUGAUGUGCAGCCUUCUUCUGAAACAGGUUA